GUGGCAGUAGUGGAGGCUGGUGGCACCCACGUUGUUGGGGAGUGAGCUAACAGCAAAUUUUAGUAAUCUUCAAAAGAGCUUUGUAAAAUGGUGAACAUAUUUUGAGUAUAGGGCUCAGCACCUUGGAUAGUUCAUGCUAAAAUUCAGGGAGUUAAUUCAUUGCCUCACUGAUAUGGGAAUCCACAGGCACCAACGCUUAGCAGUAUAGCUGAGGUGGUGAUGGUUAGAGACCCCAUCUUUAUCAUUUUCAGUCAUUUAUCAUUUCAAGACAUUUUUCUGCCUGAAGUGAGGGACAAGGUGACACUCAUUUCACAUUUGACACAAACUGGACUGGCAUUUAGACCAUUCUUUAACACUGCUGAUGGGCCUAGAGUUUUUCUUCAUUCAGCCCAUUACGUCCUCCAGGCAUUCAUUCAAUAGAGAAACACUAUCCUUAGCUAAGGAUCAUCUGCACUCCACCUCUGGAUGAUUUCUCCCAGCAGUUUCAUGUAAAUGUUAAAAAGCAUUGAGGAUAUAAUGUCUCCCUUUUUGAGGAACAGCUAUCCCCAAGCAGCACCAUCUGGAUCCGUCUGAGAGGUAUGGCCAAAACCUCUGGCUCCGAUUCCCAAAUCUCCUAGGCAUUCCAGAAGGAUACCAUGAAACACAGAAGGCAGAGAGGUGACAUGACAGUUAUCUCCAAAUAUCCAAAGGGAUGUCAUGCAGAAGAUGGAACAAUCUUGUUUUCUGCUGCUUCAAAGACUGGAAUAAUUUGAUUACAAUUACAAGAAAUGAGGUUCCACUAAACAUUAGGAAGAAUGUUUUUACUGUAAGAGCAGUAAAAACAACAGUGAAAUAAGGCUGCUUUGGGAGUGGGGUAGAGUUUUCUUCUUUGGAAGUGUUAUAACGGGUUGGAUGGCCCAAAUCCUCACUUGUAGAGAACAAACUUUGAUUUAUGACAACCCUAUGGAUGAGAGUCUUGAAAGAGCCCUGGGUUAGAUCUGCCCUGCCAUAUAAUGCAGUUUGGAAUUGAUUAUACUUCUUUCAGCCGCCAACUUAGCUGAUGUUAAACAAAUUGUACAAAUCAGUGAAGAAAAGGACUGUUAAAGACUGCUUUUCAUGAUAACUAUAUGUUGCCUCCAGAAUUAGAGGCAGUAGGGCUCAGAAUACCAAUAACAGGGGAACAACAGUGGGAAGGUGCUAUCGGCUCCAUGCCCUUCUUGUGUGCUUCCCAAAAGUAUCCUGUGAGUAACAAGAUACUGGGUUGGAUACCUAUCUAGUAUACUUUUUAUUAUUUUCAAAAUUCUUAUUUAAAGUAAAGAAACUUUAGGUCCAUAGCAGGGUGAGCUCUGACAGAUGACUUUCUCUGCUAUGAUGCAAAAUGUCCAUGGAUUCCUUGCAUAGGGCUGUCUCCAUGAACAUAAGGCCAAGGGUUGUUGGUCAUGUUAGAAAGGGUGAUUGGGGUUCCAACCAACAUCAGAGCCUUUCCAUUGCUCCAAGAGCUCACUUAAGGAACCACGCAAAAUGGCGCCAGAGCUGGCUCCAGGUGGCUUCUGCUAUCCUUGGGAAGAAGGCCUUUGUGCCUGUCUUUCUCUGCAGAGUCAGUGGCAAAGAGCCAAAGAGCCUUCAUAGCAGAGCCCUCAUGAAGUUUCCUGCCUGAUGUCCUGACAGCAGCAGUGGGUCCCCAACCGCUACCAACUCUUAGGCUUCCGGCCGGGGCUCCAGCCUGAACCCCUGGUGCUAUCAGCUCCAGACCAGAUGCUUGUCAGGAUACUGUGGUAAAACUGUACAGAGCACAAGCUGCAAUUUGGGGUUUUCUCCGAUGUCAUUUACGAAGACAAAUUGGAUGGGGUGGGGUAGAGGGUGAGCAAGAGAGGAAAAAAGAUGCCUUGCCUUGUCAUUGCCUAUUAUUCAUUCUUGUUUUUCUCUUUCACAUGCUGAAAAGAAGCAUGGGCAAAAAAGAAGUCCCCCAUUUCUGUUAAGAGCUGGAAUUUGGGGGAAAUCUGAAUGGCCCAGCUAGGAAAGGCCUGGAGAAAUGUCUCAGCAUGAACUGUGACCAUCUUGGCUCUCUUGUUUGUCCCCCUAGUGGCACAAUGGGGGAAACUGCACCUCCUAGGCAUUGAUCAAAACUUGAACUUUGUAGGGAAGGCAAAGAAAAAGAAAACAUAUUUCAAUCACUCAUGCAAUGACUGAAUCAGAGCAUGCUUCUUGAGUGACAAAAGGGAUGAUGCAAGCUGGUUCUCCAUCCUCCCAUUCGGGGAUGGGGUUUUUUCCAGUCUCUCUCGCAAUCCAAACUCUCUGCGUGAAAAUGUUCUUGGAGUAUUCUUUGUUUUUAUCUGAAAAGUUACAAUCUGGCAUCAUUAUGGCAUGUACCAUAUAGAGCAGGCAUGGGCAAACUUUGGCUGUUAGGAAUUGUGGGAUUUGAAGUCCAAAACACUUGGAGGGCCAAAGUUUUCCCAUGCCUGGUAUAGAGAUUCUUCUUCUAGAAGAGGAUGAUGGAAUAUUGCCAGGAUUGCCAGCUUUUGUUGUUUGGAGUAAAGUCAAGAAGGUUUAGAUCUGGGGUGUUGUUGUUUUUAAUGAUAAUGGACUAUAACAAAGUCACUUACUCCGGAUCAGGGGAGUGAGGCCUUCUCAACAAACAGAUAAGCUUAGCUAUGCAAUCUUAAUCCUUUCAAUUAUCCAUCUCUUUCCCUGUCAUGUAAGGUCUUGAUCUUGAAGAUCUGUGGUUCUAAUUGUAAAGAGGUGUGUUUCAAAAGCCUUUCUUGCAGUUAGUGUGGUUGUGAACCAAAUUCAAACAAGCCUCCAUUUAAGAAAUACCAUGCUGCAUGCAAGGAGAUCUACUGGCCAGGUACUGAGGAAACAUCUUUUCAUUAGACAGAUAUGAAAAAAUUCAUUUGGCAAUAUUUCCUUCCACUUUCUCCCAAAAGAGGAGGAUCCAUCUGGAAAUACUGUGACCACUUCCCACUCCAUUGGCUUCCAGCAGAUGAAUCCCUACCAGUCACCAAACUGAGUGCGAGUCCAGACAGGCUUCCAACUAAUUCACUUGCACAUAAAUUAUUUCUGUUUUCUAAGUCAGGAAGCAAAGAGAAGAAAACAAAGCAAAGCAGAUCAUAUGAGAAGUGCCUGUUCUACUCAAAUAGAGUCUAGAGAACUGAAGAAGGCAGAAAUUGAUUUAGGGCCAGACCUUUGUAGCAUGUUUUGUAAUUACCUUAGUUGAACCAUGGGAUUAACUAAACUGCAAGGCUUUAGGCCCAGCCAAGAAUGCCAUGAAUUGCUCCAUGCUUUAUGAGCUGGCUGACAAAAUGAUGCUGCUAUCCAAAUGUUCAGAUCUGGAUACAUUCCCUUGAUGAUGGCAAUCAUCAUUUGUGUUUCUAGUUUCUAGGAAAUAGCCAGAUGUUUCCAUCAAGUUUGAGGGUAGAUUGUAAUAUUCCUAUUGUAUUAUCUCCCAUGCAGUGCUUUAUUCAGAUCAGAAAAUGUAGACUUUUCAUAACACAUUUCUUGAGGAUAAAUACCUGCAAAGGUUGUCAGAAUCAAUGCAGUCUGAAACCAAAUUGUAAUUGAGAACUGUGAGAUGGGAAGGAUAUAAACACAAAAGUUAUAAUUAAUAAUUUUACCCAAAUAAAUUAUUAUAAUAAAUCAUUUUCCCCAAAUAAAUUUCCCCAAACAAUUAAUAGCUUAGUAAUGAUAAACUACUUUUUAUUUUUAUUUUUUUAUUUCAUGUCAAAAGCAUUGCAUAAUAAAUAAAUUUAAAAGUGAUAAAAUAAAGGAAUCACAAACAGCUAAAUAGUUUUGGACCAAAAGCGGGCAACAGCAAUCAAGACCAUUGCUGACAAUUAUGUCUAUUAAUAUAGAAGGUUUGUCACUUGCUAAGGAAGAGCUAUUAGCCAAAAUGUCUGAGGACAUCUCGUGUGACAUUUUAUGUAUACAGGAAACACACAGAGACAUCACAAUGAGAAGACCAAUGAUAAACUACUGGUAAGUGGAGAAUGUAAUCCUCUGUCCUCUAGGUGGCGCAGAAUUCCUGUUCUUUACUAAAAGUAAUGUUUAAUUGGUCCAAGAGAGAAACAUUCUUCCAAAAUGUAAUGAGGAGGAAAAAAAUGUCCCUUAAUAUUGUGCAAGCUUUUGAGUUCUCCAGAAUUCAUUAUGGGGCUGGGUGAUACCAAAAGAAGAUCAUUGUGCAUAUUAACCAAAGUAUAAAGAUUAGACCAGAUAAUUUGAUUAUGAGAUCUAUACUUUAGAAUCAAGACUCAAGACUGAGAUGGCAAAGUGAUCACUGCCAUGUAAUGGUUGGUUAUUCUAGGACAAGGAAAUAGUAACCCUACAGUGAUGUUCAACUACUCCUUUGUCACAGAACACUCCACAUUACCUGAUAUCCUUUAGUACUGCUACUAGUAGUUAGGUUAAAGAUAAAGGUUUCCCCCCAACAUGAAGUCUAAUCGUGUCUGACUCUGGGGGUUGGUGCUCAUCUCUUAUUCUAAGCCGAAGUGCUGGCGUUGUCCGUAGACACCUCCAAGGUCAUGUAGCUGGCAUGACUGCAUGGAGCGCCAUUUUCUUCCCACCCAAAGCGGUCCCUAUUGAUCUACUCACAUUUGCAUGUUUUUAAACACCUAGGUUGGCAAAAGCUGGGGCUAAUGGUGGGAGCUCACUCAACUGACUGGAUUUGAACUGCCGACCUUUCGGUCAGCAAGUUCAGCAGCUCAGCGGUCUAACUCGCUUUACCACCAGAGGAGGUCCAACCAUAAGGCGAAAUAGGCAUUUGCCUGUGGCGCCAUCGUCCCGGGGGCACCAUCGUCCUGGGAGGAGGGCACCACUCUCCACCUCCUUCUCUUUCGGGCCUUUCAGCGGCCGCGCUGGGCCUUCUGGCCAGCGCAGACCCACCUUCGCACCACGCAAGCCCACCUUUGGGGCCUUCAGAGAUUGUGAGGUCUGUAGGAACUUGGAAGCUAGGUAUGUGGGGUUUAUAUAUCUGUAGAAGGUCCAGGGUGGGAGAAAGAACUUUUCUUUGAAGCAGGUGUGAAUGUUGUAAUUAAUCACCUUGAUUAGCAUUUAAUGGCCCUGUGGCUUCAAGGCCUGGCUUCUUCUUGCCUGGGAGAAUCUUUUUUUGGGAGGAGUUAGCUGUCCCUGAUUGUUUACUGUCUGGAUUUCUUCUGUUUUCAGAGUGUUGUUCUUUAUUUAUUGUCCUGAUUUUAGGGUUUUUUUUUUAAUACUGAGGGCUAUCUGGGUUAUCUAAGUCCACACUGCCCUAUAUCCCUGUUCAAUGUUUAGUGCUAAAUUUGCAAAUAUAGUAAUUCCUACAUAACAUUACCAUGUAUUGAACUGCUUUUUCUAUUGAUUUGUUGUAAAACAUGAUGUUUUGGUGCUUAAUUUUUAAAAUCAUAAUGUAAUUUGAUGUUUUAUAGGCUUUUCCUUUAUACUUCCUUAUUAUCCAACAUUUUCGCUUAUCCAACGCUUUUAUUUUUCAGUGAUUGGUUUGGGGGGGGGGGGGGGGGGUGCCAAAAUUCUGUUCGCCUACACUUGAAAAAUACCUAGGGCCGGCUCUGUUUACCACUAAGGGCUCUGUAGUAGUUAUGUACCUUCAACUGAACCUUGACAUUCCCAAAUUCUGAAUCAGGGUAGUGGGACACAUUUAACAUCUGGAUAUGUUGGAAUACAACUCUAUCACCUUCAGCCUGUGUAGGCAGUAGAUAGGAAUUUUGCAAGAUGCAGGGCUACACGUUCCCUAUCCUGGUCUGGGCAGUCACUUAUCCAGAAUAAGCCUUUUUUCAUAAGUAAAUAUAACUAUAGUAACUGUGUGGAUGUUAUGAUGUCUAUCAAGCAAAGUAAUAUAACAAAGAAGAAAGGCUAUGCAGGGCAUGCUCUCAAAAAAGGAAAUUAACAUCUGAUCCCUCUUUUGAUCUGAAGGCCUUUAGAAGAAAAAGAAAGGAUGUCAAAGGGCUUAGCAAAAUUAAAGUGCAUUCCUGUGCCUCUGGUGUCACCUUAUUUUAAUUUUAAAAUACAGAGUUCGAAAGCAGGUCAUUAACAACCGUAGCAAUUAUACGUUUCAAAGUGGAUGACGAAAUAAGAGUGACGCUCUUACAUUUAUAAAUUCACUUUGUUAGUAUUCACUUCUUAGUACCCAGAGAAGCCAUUUUUUCUUUUCAAAUGAUAUGUUUGAAAUAUCUGUGUGCUGUUGCCUCCAACACACAGUUCUGCUUUCACAGAUGAGGCGUAUCCGAGUAAGACUUACCUAGAACUAGCAAAGACUGAAAAUGAGAUUUUUUAUGUGCAAAGCAUGCGCACAACCAGUGAAUUACCACUAAUGUGAUUUCUUGAUUUUCCAGGGAAACAGGAGGAGAGGUCUCUUGGCUAGUGCAGCUGCAGAAAUUAGGAAAGUUAUGAAGGAAUUCAAUUGGCCCAGCAUGGGAAGCCUUCUAAGUACUGUGUCUCCCAGGCCCUUGGUCCUGGCAUGGGGAGACCUGUGAGCGCAUGCCUUACAUAUGUAUUGUGUGGGUGGCAAAUCUGUGCCAAAGGCCAGCGAUCAUUGAGAGAAGCUGCCGCUCCUUUCACUCGGUUUUCACUCUCUUAUUUGGGCGAUUUCCUGGUGCCUUUAAUGCUGAGGUAAAUUACAGGCCUUUGGAGCCAGGGCCUCCUGGAGCAGAGCUUUGCACCAGCCGGACCCUAAUCACGGACUCCCCGACUCCCACAAAGGCCAGGCUUUAAUUGCCCAUGACAUGCUAAUCUGCCGGACUGACUCAAACACUUCUUUAUCUGUGUCUCUCUCACUUCCCUCCUCCUUUCGCUCACAGCUCCCCAAUCUCCACCAUUUCUGUGAGCCGUUUACACUGACCCAGCCUGUGAGGGGACUUCCUGGCCUAUAGGAACUCUUUUUCCAAGACAGAAGAAGCCCUGUUGCUGCUCACACGCAACCUUGUCCCCACUGGUAAUUCUAUGCAUUUCUAGAGAGAGCAGCUAGAAGAAAUGAAACUUUCCUCCAGCCUGUGCAAGUGUUUUUGUUUGAGCUUCCUCCUUACAGCUCUACUGCAAGAGUCAGAAACUCUGAAUUCAGACAACCCUGAAUGUAGCCAAGGGGAAGGUGAUCCUCCAUGUUUGAGUUCUCUGGUGGCUAUGCCUCCUCCUUUGCUGGAAAAAGGUUGUGAUGGACUAGGAAGCUGCAGACUCCAUGUCCUCAUGCCAGAAGAGCCAGUCAUACCUGAGGAAAUUCAAGAUGUCCCAACUGGAGAACAGCAGAUGGAGUUCAAGCAGGUGAUGAAACAUGCUGGAGAUCCCAAUAAACAGGGCUCAUCCAAGGCUAGAACUUUGAUGGAUCGCCUUAGCUUGGUGGAAACCAAAGUGCUAUCCAUGGCAUCGAGCCUGCAGAAGUUGCAAGAGGAGAGCAGACUUAAUCUGAAUCGCCUAGAGGAGAAACUCAACUCCUUGGUGGCUCUGUUGCUGGGGAUCCUGUCUGGCUGCAAACUGCCUUGCAGUGAAUCAGUCUUGAAGACAUCAAUUUUAGAUUUAGGGAAAGAAUACAAGACUGAAGUGACAACAGCACUUUUGGUGGAACCCUCAGCAAAAUCUGAACACACAUAUCCCCGAGAUUGUGCUGAGAUCCACAAGCAGGGCAUCCAAGACAAUGGGAUUUACACCAUCCAGCCCAUUCCUCUCCGACAACCUUUUGAGGCAUACUGUGACAUGGUGGCUGAUGGUGGUGGCUGGACCAUGAUCCAGCGUCGGCAGGAUGGCACUGUGGACUUCAACCGCACCUGGCAAGAGUACAAGAAAGGAUUUGGCAGCUUACAAGGGGAACAUUGGUUGGGAAAUGAACACCUCCACAGUUUAACCCGCCUGGGACAGCAUGUCCUGCGUAUAGAACUGGAAGACUGGCAUGGUGUCAAGCGACAUGCCAUUUACCGCAAAUUCAAAGUAGCUAGUGAGGCCAACAAGUAUCGCCUGACAGCUCGGGAAUACCAAGGCAACGCAGGCAAUGCUCUGAGCUAUAGCCGCAACUACAACCAUGAUCACAAAUGCUUCACAACCUGGGACACUGACAAUGACAACUACUCCAUGGGUAAUUGUGGUACAUAUUAUGGGGCUGGCUGGUGGUUUGACUCAUGCCUGGCAGCCAACCCUAAUGGGAAGUACUACCAUGGACGUUACAGUGGGGUGACCAAUGGCAUCUACUGGGGAACAUGGUAUAUCUUGAUUGAUAAAAGGACCAACCAGAAGUAUUCCUUCAAAAAAGUGGAAAUGAAAACUAGGCCUGUUAACUUUUAAGAAAAGCAUGUAACCAAAGGAGGUGACCUUCAAAAAGCUUUAAAGUGCUGGGCUGAGCAAAAGAUACAAUAGGGUGCAUCAGCAAUGUAGAGCUUAGGGCCACACUGACCCACACCUCACCUUCCUUAAUCGCCUAGAGCUGAACACCAAUUGAAACACUUGGGGUUUAAAUGCUUUGACACCUGAGUGCUUACCUUUCCCUGAAGGCCAAAGACCAUGUGCCAACAUGCCUUUGUAUGGGACUGAUCUCAUGAAAUAAUAAGAUACUGUAAGCAGAGCUGCUGAACAUCAAAAGCAGAAUGAGGAGGAGGUAGGUGGAGGUAAGGUUUCAGAGCUGCCUUAAAACAAAUCUGGGCAUUCCUUGCUCUUUUUGAAGGUAGCAAUAAGAUAUCCAAUGAGCAUUAUAAAAAGGCAAUUCACAGUGAAUCUCAGACAGUGGGAAAGUGGCAGGAAAGCACUAAGGGUAACUAGGACAUAGGAAAACAACAAAGAAUCAAAGUAAAGCAAAAGUGUGGUCUGAUUCUUUUUCCGAAGUCUUAAAGUGACAAAUUUUAUAUGGGCUGUGGUAUUUACAAGAGUUGCGUGGCGCAACAUGACCCGAACAAUUGUGCAACAUGGCCCGAACUCUACUUACUGUCUCUAUACUUCCAUGCAGUUAUUCUUGUUUCAUUUCACAUUAAAAACGUUUUACAACAUUGAUGCAUGAACCUAAAAUUCAAAUAGUGCACAAUAGUGUAUUUACCUAAUGCAAUGGACACUCAUAAGCAAAGUUACAUACUGCCAAGAAGAUGGACUUCUGUGUACCACAAGUACUUUAAGGUCAAAGAUACUUUUAACACAUUCAUAUUUAAGUAUUUGGCAGUUGUGACCCAAUUUUUAAGAUUUGGUAUUCUAUCAGUUUAAAAGCAAGAAUUUUGUUGUAAACACAUCUGUAAUCUUGAUUAAAACUAUUAUUGCAUUUUCA